AACAAAGCCAACACCCAUCCUGACCUUUCAGUCUCCCUAUCCGCCUCGCUAUUACUCAACUCAGAAGCAUUUUGCAUUGCCCUGCGUGUUUAUUUUUCUCUUUCAACAUCGAUUAGCUUAUCUGCAUGUCGCUCUACAGAGGAGGCAAAGAGUUGAUUUUUUUGGUGGAACUCUAAAUGGGUUCAUUAGAGACGGGAGGAAUCUCCUUCAAAAGAGACAAAAACAUUCUCAUUCGUUCUUAUUCAGCUGGUAGAACUGAAAGACACCCCUUUUUGUAUAGACCCAGAUCAAGUUUUUCUCGUUUCUUGCGUUUCAAGAAGUUAGAUUACAUUCAAUGGAUUUGUACUGUUGCUGUUUUUCUCUUCUUUGUAGUUCUCUUUCAGAUGUUUUUGCCUGGUUCUGUAGUUGAGAAAUCUGAACUAGGUUCUUCUCCAUGGAGAGGAAUGGAAUUGGUUGAUAAGGAUUUGUGGUAUCUGAAGGAGAUUGGUGGGUUAGAUUUUGGUGAAGAUAUUAAGUUCCAACCUUCGAAGAUAUUACAAAAUUUUCGAAAAGAAAAUAGAGAGAUGAAUAUGUCAUUUAGUAACAGGACAUUAAGUCGUUUUCCUUAUAGGAAACCCCAGCUUGCAUUGGUAUUUGCGGAUCUGUUGGUUGAUCCACACCAGCUGUUAAUGGUGACUGGUGCUACCGCAUUGCAAGAGAUUGGCUAACCAAUUCAUGUUUAUUCACUAGUAGAUGGUCCUGCGCAAAGCAUUUGGAAGAGCAUGAGAUCUCCAGUUAACAUCAUCCAAAUCAGCCACAAAAUGGAGAUUGCUGUUGAUUGGCUAAACUAUGAUGGCAUACUUGUGAAUUCUUUAGAAACGAAGAGUGUCUUCUCUUGUUUUAUGCAGGAACCUUUCAAGUCUGUGCCUCUUAUAUGGACCAUCAAUGAAAGAACACUCGCUACUCAUUCUAGACAGUACACUUCAAGUUGGCAAAUUGAGCUUCUGCAUGAUUGGAGAAAAGCUUUCAACCGGGCUACAGUAGUUGUCUUCCCAAAUCAUGUCCUUCCGAUGAUGUACUCUGCAUUUGACACUGGAAACUAUUAUGUUAUUCCUGGUUCUCCUGCUGAUAUAUGGGAAACAGAAACUACAAUGGCGUUGUAUAAUGAUGAAAUACAUGUGAAGAGGGGCUAUGAGCCCGAUGACAUUGUCAUUGCAAUUGUGGGAAGUCAAUUUUUGUACAGGGGUUUGUGGCUGGAGCAUGCACUUGUUUUGAAGGCUCUAUUGCCACUUUUUGCAGAAUUUUCAUUAGAUAAUAAUUCAAAAUCUCAUCUCAAAAUCAUUAUUUUAAGUGGGGAUCCUACUGGCAACUACAGUGCGGCUGUUGAGGCUAUUGCUGCUAACUUGAGUUAUCCAAAAGGUACUGUAAAGCACUUUGCUGUCGAUGAUGAUGUGGGCAGUCCCCUCGGUGCAGCUGAUAUUGUGAUAUAUGGAUCUUUCCUCGAGGAGCAGUCUUUUCCUGAAAUUUUGGUGAAAGCCAUGUCCAUUGGAAAACCCAUCAUAACCCCAGAUCUCUCCAUGAUCAGGAAAUAUGUUGAUGACAGGGUGAAUGGCUAUCUUUUUCCCAAGGAAAACCUCAAGGUUUUGACACAGAUUGUAUUGCAAGCGAUCUCCAAAGGGACAUUAUCACCUCUGGCCCGUAAUAUCGCGUCAAUAGGAAAAAAGACUGCUAAAAACCUCAUGGUUCUAGAAACUAUUGAAGGCUACGCUACACUACUUGAAAAUGUUGUUGAGCUUCCAUCAGAAGUCGCACCUCCUAAGGCUGUUUCAGAAAUUCCUUCAAAACUGAAAAAAGAGUGGUGCUGGCAUCUGUUUAAAGCAUUUAUGAAUUCUACGCAUGAAGACAGAACUUUGAAAAGUUUCAGAUAUUUAAAAACAGUCGAGGAGCAGUGGAACUAUAUGCAAAAAGAGAGCUCUGGUUCCAUAGCUGCUACUAAUGAUUCAUUCUCAUAUGACAUCUGGGAGGAAGAGAGAAAUAUUACGAUGCUCAAUACUAGAAAGAGAAGAGAGGAAGAAGAGCUAAAAGAUAGAACUGAUCAACCUCAUGGAACAUGGGAGGAUGUGUAUAAAAGUGCCAAAAGGGCUGAUCGUUCCAGGAAUGAUUUACAUGAAAGGGAUGAAGGAGAACUUUUGAGGACAGGGCAACCAUUAUGCAUUUAUGAACCGUAUUUUGGGGAAGGAGCCUGGUCUUUUCUUCACCUAAGUUCGCUUUAUCGUGGAGUAGGAUUGUCCACGAAAGGUCGAAGGCCCAGGACAGAUGACAUUGAUGCCCCCUCCCGUCUAUCACUUCUUAGCAAGCCAUACUACCGAGAUGCCCUAGGUGAAUAUGGAGCUUUUUUUGCAAUCGCAAAUCGGAUUGACCGUAUUCAUAAGAAUUCCUGGAUAGGGUUUCAAUCUUGGAGAGCAACGGCAAGGAAGGCAUCUUUGUCUAGGAUUGCUGAAAAGGCAUUGGUAGAUGCUAUAGAAUCACAAAAGCAUGGGGACUCACUUUACUUUUGGGUUCGCAUGGACAUGGAUCCAAGAAACGACUUACAGAGCGACUUUUGGUCAUUCUGUGAUGCUAUAAAUGCUGGAAAUUGCAAGUUAGCUUUUUCUGAGGCUCUUAAGAGGAUGUAUGGCAUCAAGCAUGAUUUGGAAUUUUUGCCACCCAUGCCUCAAGAUGGAGAUACAUGGUCUGUCAUGCUGAGUUUUGCUUUGCCAACAAGGUCCUUCCUAGAGUUUGUAAUGUUUUCAAGAAUGUUUGUGGAUGCACUGGAUGCGCAGAUGUAUGAUGAGCACCAUCAAAGUGGACGAUGUUAUCUGAGUCUAGCUAAGGAUAAGCAUUGCUACUCACGGGUUCUUGAGCUGCUUAUAAAUGUCUGGGCAUACCACAGUGCUAGGCAGAUGGUGUACGUGAACCCUGAGAGUGGCUUGAUGCAAGAGCAGCAUGCAGUCAACAGUCGCAGAGGCAAUAUUUGGGUCAAAUCGUUCUCAUACAGCAUUCUUAAGAGCAUGGAUGAGGACUUGGCUGAAGAGGCAGAUUCUGAUCAGCCCAGGAGAAGAUGGUUAUGGCCAUCAACAGGCGAGGUUGUAUGGCAAGGAUUAUUUGAGAAAGAGAGAAAUCUGCGGAAUCAUCAGAAAGAGAAGAGGAGACAGCAAAGCAAGGACAAACAACAAAGAAUGAGGAAAAAACGCCGUCAACCAGUGCUGGGGAAAUACGUGAAGCCCCCACCAGAGGACAUAGAAAAUUCAAACUCUACAGUGUCUGUGUCGGAAUCUUUGUAGCAUUAAGUUCAGGCUGGGCAGCAUUGGAGGUAGGGUCUAGUUUGAUCAUUCUUUUAUUGUUGAUUUUUCCUCUACAGUUAAUUCAUUUGGCAGAUAGGAUGCAUGCUUUUGUAUCUUUUGUACGAAGGGGUUUGUAUGUAAAUAGCUGCAUCCUACGUUGUUAGUGUUGUUGAUGAGUGUGUAUACUAAUUUUCCCUUUUCUUUUCAAUCUCUUCACACCCCAUUGUAGAAGUUGUUGCGUUCAUGACAGAAAAACGUGGGAGAAUUUGUAAUUUCCAGACUUCUCUUUCGAAUUUCCGACAUUUACCAUGGCCCUGAUUGCCAGUUAUAGAA